AUGCAGGCAAAGCUUACCCGGCUUCCUGAGGCAAAGCCAGUGUUCCGACCCAGACGUCCAGUCCCUCACGCAUCCCAAGCACUCGUGGAGCAUGAGCUUGAUCGAUUACAAAAGGCCGGAGUGAUCGAGCAAGUCAGUUUCUCACAAUGGGCGGCGCCUAUCGUUGUGAUCAGAAAACCGAAUGGCUCAGUUCGUUUGUGUGCAGAUUUUUCAACCGGCUUGAAUGCUGCAUUAGAACCCCAUCAAUACCCGCUUCCACUCCCAGACGACGUGUUUGCAAAGCUGAAUGGAGGAAAGUACUUUGCUACUCUGGAUCUGGCAGACGCUUAUUUGAAACUGCAGGUCGAACCGGAAAGCAGAAAGCUGCUAACAAACAACACGCAUCGCGGCCUUUACCAGUAUAAUCGUUUGCCAUUUGGAGUAAAAACUGCACCUGCAAUCUUUCAACAAGUUGUGGACGCUAUGUUGACUGGCUUGACUGGAGCAGCAGCCUAUCUAGAUGAUGUCAUCAUAAUGGGCGGAACCCAGGAGAAAAUUGUUUCAACGAUUGGAUGA